AUGGCUUUUAGGGGUCCUUUUAAAAGGUUAGGCACGGUGGGGAUGGAGGAAGGAACCAGGGGCAGAUGCGACGAGGCGUUUGAGGGGCCACGGGGGCUCAUCAUCAUUCGGAAUGCCAACGUUCGGGAAUGUUGGGAAUACUCGCACGGAGUAUCUGCAGUACUUGGACCGAGCCAAUACAACACUGGUGCCGCGGGCCCGCAAGACGUACCCAAAUGCCCAAAGAACAGCCACGGCCUCCGCUCCUGGGAAGACAAGAACAAAGAGACCAUGUCUUUUUCGAACAAGAGUUCCUCAUACAACAAGGGCGGCCCUGACAAGCCGAAGAGCGGCCCUUCUGACAAGCGCAAUGAGGGCGGCUCAUUUUCUGACAAGGCAUCUCCUGACAAGUACAAGGGCUUUAACAAGUACAAAAGCUCCGACAAGUACAAGGACAAGGAGCGAGAUCACAAUGUUCAUGAGGGCUCCCCUGACGAGCGUCGGGACGCCAAUCCAGACGAAGCACCGAGCCAACAGACGUCUCAUCAAUGCAUCCAUCUACCUCAGCGUCUACCCGCUCGACGUUCACCAUCUGCCAGGCCGUCUCAACCUGGUCCUGACGCCCUUUCCCGACUCGCCGCGACAACAGACGACGAGGCUCAGCGUGCCUUUCGGGAGGAACCCGUCCUCAAUGCCUUCUGGGACAGAGAUGCGAUAGGUAACGGCAUGCCGACACAGGACGUGGACACGGACCGUGUUCUUAACAUAGCAGAGGCAGUCAUGGAUGGCAAAAUAAGAAACGAGCUCAUCCAGGCCUACGGACAAGAUACAGUAUAUGGUCGGCUGAUCCGAGAGCUCGCCACAGUCAAUGGAUGCAAGCCCCGAAAGGACAACGAGGGCGUCGUCAAUGCUUCCAAGCCGGGCCAUACCUUUAGAGUGGCAAACGGUCUUUUGUACAACAGAGACAGUGAGGGUACAGAGCGACUCGUUGUGCCCUUUGGCAUGAUCAAACCUUCCUGGCGGAAGCACACGACAACAAACACCACUUUGGCUGACAGCGCAUAA